AUGGGCAGUGAAGGGAUGGCUGCCCAGCUGCUGGCUGAUGAGGCCCUGGAGUUGGUGACCUUCAAAGACGUGGCCGUGGACUUCACCCAGGAGCAGUGGCAACAGCUGGAGCCGGCUCAGAGGGACCUCUACAGAGAUGUGAUGCUGGAGAACUUGCAGAACCUCAGCUCACUAGAUUUGAAAUCCAGGCCUGACAGGGACGGCCCAGAGAAAGCCGUGCCUGCAGGAGCGUCCCCCGGGCUGGCCCUGGAAGAGAGGGGAGGGAGCCGCCUCUGGCGCUCCGGGGCGGGAGAGGCCGAGGGGCCUCCAGGAAGGGCCCCUGCAGAGCAUCAGCCCAGAGACGCCCAGCCAGAAAUUCCAGAAGGGAGGAGCCUCCACAGUUGUGCCCCGCGGAACCCCGACUGGGAGGGCCCCCGGGGAGCCCCUGGCGGCGAGGAGCCCUGCGUGUGCAGGGAGUGCGGGGAGGCCUUCGCGCUGCGUGCCCAGCUGGCGCAGCACCAGCGCGCACACGCCCUGGACAAGCCCUUCGCGUGCGGUGAGUGCGGGAGACGCUUCCGCAGGAAUGCCACACUAGCCGUGCACCGGCGCGUGCACACCGGGGAGAAGCCGUUCGCGUGCGCCGAGUGCGGCAAGGCCUUCAGCCAGCGCGCCAACCUCACGGUGCACCGGCGCAUCCACACCGGCGAGCGGCCCUACCGCUGCGCCCAGUGCGGCCGGGCCUUCGUGCAGAACAUGCAGCUGGUCGGGCACCAGCGCACGCACACGGGCGAGCGGCCCUACCCGUGCGGCGACUGUGGCAAGGCCUUCACCCUCAUCACCAAUCUGGUGGACCACCAGCGCAUCCACACCGGGGAGAAGCCCUUCGUGUGCGACGUGUGCGGCAAGCGCUUCACCAAGCGCUCGUCCCUGCUCGGGCACCAGCGGGCCCCCACGGGUACCAGACCCCACCAGUGCCGGGUGUGCGGGAAGGCCUUCCGCAAGAAAUCCGACCUGGUCAACCACCACCGCACACACACGGGCGAGCGGCCUUUCAAGUGCUACGAGUGCGGCAAGGCGUUCGUGCAGAGCAUGACGCUGGUGGAGCACCAGAAGACGCACACGGGCGAGAAGGCGUACCCAUGCCAGCAGUGCGGGAAGCGCUUCACCAAGUCGUCCGCGCUCAUCCUGCACGAGAGGAUCCACACGGGCGAGAGGCCCUUCCGCUGCCCCGACUGCGGCAAGGCCUUCAACCAGAACGUGCAGCUCGUGGUGCACCGGCGCAGCCACACCGGCGAGAGGCCAUUCCAGUGCGGGGCCUGCGGGAAGUCCUACAGCCAGAAGGGCUACCUCACCGUCCACCGGCGCACGCACACUGGGGAGCGGCCCUUCCCGUGCAAGGAGUGCGGCAAGACCUUCAGCCAGAAGGCGCACCUCUCCAUCCACCUGAGGAUCCACACGGGCGAGAAGCCCUACCGAUGCGGCGAGUGCGGGCGCAGCUUCCGGAAGGUGUCCUUCCUGUUCCAGCACCAGGCCAUCCACAGCGACGAGAGGCCCUUCCAGUGCGGCGUGUGCGGCAAGGCCUUCGUGCGCAAGUCCACUCUGGUCCAGCACGGUAGGAUCCACACAGGAGAGAAGCCCUAUCAGUGCGCACAGUGCGGGAAGGCCUUCCGGCACCAGCCCACGCUAACGGCGCACCGCAGAAUUCACACCGGGGAGAAGCCCUACGAGUGCCAGGCGUGCGGCAAGGCCUUCAGGCGCAUCGGGAAUCUCACCUGCCACCAGAAGACCCACAUGGCCGGGGAGGUGGACCCGCGCCGGCCCAGCUCAGGGAGCAGGCCUUCCUCCCAGCUAACCAACAACUGA